GCAGAGCACUCAGUCAGUCACUAGUACUCAGCUCAAGGCUAACUCGUAGGAAUGAAAAUGCCGUAUUCUUUGCUUAAUCUUGCGCUGAUUUCAUUUUUACAUCUUUUUAUCACAUCUUAUUUCGCACAGGUGUCAGCCGAAGGGAAUGGAAGAGGGUUUGGCGACCAUAUUCACUGGAGGAGCCUUGAAGACGGGAAAAAGGAGGCUGAAGCAAGUGGACUGCCUCUGAUGGUCGUCAUUCACAAGACCUGGUGUGGUGCCUGUAAAGCACUAAAGCCCAAGUUUGCUGAAUCAAAGGAGAUCUCUGAACUGGCACACAACUUUGUCAUGGUGAACCUGGAGGAUGAAGAAGAGCCCAAGGAUGAGGCCUUUAGCCCAGAUGGCGGUUACAUCCCUAGAAUACUUUUCCUUGAUCCUACCGGUAAAGUCCACUCUGAGAUCACGAACAAGAAUGGGAACCCAAACUACAAGUACUUUUACAGCAAUGCAGAUCAAGUUGUGGACAGCAUGAAGGAAGGUCAAGAGAAGCUAACUGGAGAUUCCUUCAGGACAGCCCACAUCGAAGAUGAACUGUAAGGAGAUCCUGUUCAGCCUCAAAAGAUCUCUCGGUACACUACAAUAGUCCACUGGGCACAAAAGUUCUCCUCAAAGCCAUUUAUAACGCAUUAUCUACUGAUUUAAUUUUAGGGUUUUGCAGCUUGCGGUACAUUGGCUUAUUACUUUGAGAACCAAGCGUACUGACGGUCCAUGCAAAAUAAAGGGUGCUAAAGGAUUAGUUUAAUUUCAGACGGACUGCAUCUCAAACAGUCUCUUUAAUAAUGUAUGUAACAAAUGGAUUCAUAUGUUCAUUUAGACCCUCCAAACCAGGUUCACAAAGCAUUUCAAAUUUACUCUGGCAAGAAAACGGUCAACACACUAGUAACGCAAUUCUCGUGCUUCCAAGCCAGAUCCUGCAAGCUGCGACAUAGUAGAGCUAGCAACCCAGUCGCUUUUAUAAGGGCCUAUUGAUCCCUAAGCUGUACCUGCCUGAAAACGGCAUUAUAUGUUUCAUGAAUUUAUCAAUCUUAUGUUGAAAUUAUUUAAAACAUUUAUAAUAUACCUUCAACUUGCCAAGUUUGUCUAUUUUAGUCAUAAAUGCCUUGGAGUUUUAAGACAGAUUUUUAUUAGACAGUACCUGUGAAUUUCUUUUGGGUCGAGAGGGAAUUGUCUUUGCCAUACUGUACUUUUUACCAAAAUGUUAAAUAAACCAAUAAAGUUGUUACAAAAUAUUG